GGAUGCAUGUACAUGUAUAAAGGAUCAUGAUAUUGCAGUUCUAGUAGUGACUGUUGUGAUAAUCAAGUUAAGAAUGUCAUUGUAUUCAAUUAUAUCCAAACUGCUAAGCAGGAAAUUACCUCAGCACAGCUUAGCUCUUCAUCAUUAACACUCAUCCAGUCAUGAAGGGAGCAGUAGGAGCAACCCUGUCUCUGUUUCUCCUCUUCUUUUUGCCCUCUCUCUCUCUUGCCCAGCCAAACACAGUCUGGUAUGUAUCUUCUAAUGGCUCCAGUGACUUAUCAAUUUGUGGUAGCUCCAGCAUAAGUCCAUGCUCUUCAAUCCAACUGAUCCUGAACAAUAUCACUACUAGCACUGAAGAUAUCGAUGGAGGAGGGCCUUGUUAUAACGGCCUUGAGGAUCAACCGACUACUUUUAUCGUCGUAGAUAGAGUUUUUAUGCUUCCAAUUUGCUUCAGUGGAUGGUCCCAUCUUAACAUAACCGGUUACAAUGGUCAGGGUGUCGUUGAUAGUGAUUUAGGUGGCAACCAAAGAGGGAUACUCAAUAUAAAGAACUCUCGUAACGUCUCUAUAACUAACAUUGAUUUCACAGUCUCCAUUGUUGGUCGUGCUACUAUUUAUAUCACUAACACGAGUGACGUUACCAUUUCUAGUGUUCUUCUCCCUAUAUAUGGCACCCAAUCUAAUGGUAUAUUGCUACACAAUUCGUAUGAUAGCAUUAGUAUAUCUGGUGUCUCUUUUCAUGGCAAUGAUGUCUUGGUGAGUCUCGGUUUUCAACCAGCAGCUGCUUUACUAAUAGACCAAGGACACGAGACUAAUGGAGGGGUACCAGGAGAUGUGCCGGUUCUAAACCGGUUAAACCUGUCAGUCAAGAACUGUUCGUUCAUGAGAUUAACUAGCAAUAGUCGUAGUGAGAUUCCACCUACUGAUAAUAGUUACGUCGGGUCUAGUUCAGUAUCUCAGGCGGUUCUAGUACAGUUAAGAGAAGGAGGAAAUGACAAUGUCAUUAAUUUUAGUGGGAAUUCCUUUCAAACUAUUAGCAGUCCAGCUGGUAGCAUUGUUUCUGUCCGUCACUCUGGUAACACGGCUAAUAACACGAUCACAUUUACUGAUAAUCAGUUUAUUGACAACACUGCCAGGUACGGGGGCGGUAUCGCUGUAUACUACUUAUACCAGUCACAUGACAAUCACGUGAUUAUUAGAAACUCGGUUUUUACAAGAACGAGAGCGACUUUUGAAGGAGGCGGGAUUUUCGUGGCGUCCAUCGUCCCUGACUCUAGUAACAGGAUAUCAGUGGAGGGUUGUGCUUUCAUUAAUACAGCUGCUACUUAUGGAGCUGGUUUAUUUGUGUUUAACGACCCCAACUGGUUCACUAAUCCUUAUAUUACUAAUCGUGUUCGUCCUCCAUUAAUGAGUGUGUCUAUAAACACUGUACACUUUAGUGAGUGUGAUACUAAUAUUAACGAUGGUGUCAUUAAUGUGUUGAAUGGGAAUAUUGAUAUUAAUGGAAACAAUUCUUUUAUUGGUAACAAUGGCAGUGCUAUUGCCCUUCGUUCAUCAGUUCUGGUAGCUAGUGGCAACUACACGUUUGAUCAUAACAAGGCAGAGUCAGGAGGAGCUUUAAAGAUAUUAUUUCAAAGUGUCGUUGAUCUAGAAGGUGUUACUAACAUGUAUUUCAGGAACAAUGAGGCUCGGUUUGCAGGUGGUGCAGUGUACGCUGAUGAAUCAAGUACUACAGUAACUGCUGAUGUAUACAACCACACCCUGGGGACAGGAGCCAAUGGUGCCUGCUUUAUCAGGUUCCCUCAUAAUUUUGGUGGACAAUCAUUAUUAUAUUUCAGUAACAACUCUGCCUCCAGCAGCACGUCAGGAAAUGAUUUCCACAUCUACAACCUCCGCUCCUGUCAGCAGGGCUACUUCUUCCCUCCAUUUCUACAGGAUUUUGUUCCCUCUGUCCCGUUCAACCCCAUCGUCAUAGAAACAGACACACCCCUUUUAACAACCUCCACUGGUCCGAGUUACCUCUUCUUUUAUGGUUCCUCCAGUAAAUGUUACAAGACUGUGGGGGGUGUGGUGUUCCUUUUACCAAACUGCUCAAACGAGUUAUUGACUAAAAAUUUCAAUAACCUCCCCCAGUUAAGGUGUGGCAUAGACAGGAUGAUCAGCUUUGACUUUGUCCCAUACCAAGGACCUGGAGGUGGGCUCCACCCAACAAUAGAUAAACUAACCCUUCCAUGGGCCAGCAUCAGUCCACUCACCUGGAACAUGGAGCCAGGACCCCAGAGACUAAGCUGUGUCGAACCUUCACCAAGUUCUUUAACUCUUAGCCCUGCUCCUGGAGAAAUAUUUGAUAUUACGGUUCAAUUGUCCGACCAGUUAUUGAACUAUAUCACGAGUACCAUAUAUAUCCAAAUUGAUCAUGAACUGGGUAAACCUCCUCCAGUACUAUUACAACUCAACGGGAUACAGUACUCAUACACUGACAGAGUGUAUUUUACUCCAAACCGAGCUCUAUCAGGCCUAGCUCUAGUGGGUCUCCCUGGGACUAAAGGUUACAUUAAUAUCGUAUCAGACUCACAGAUUGAAGGGAACGAGAUUAUACUGCAGGUACCUUUCAUCCUCUCCCAGUGUUCCCUCGGCUACACUGACCCACCAGGAGCUGCUAGUAUCAGUGAGGUACUGGAUCUUAUAAAUGAAGAGUACUUGACUAUACAGCGAAUACCUUCCUUGCAGCCGCUGGCCUGUCAAUGCUAUUCUCCUCUCUUCUUUGGCUCAGCUGCUCAGUUCUACCACCGCUCCUGUAUUCUUGACUACACUGUUAAAUUAUCUAGUGCUUUGUGGGCGGGGCUCAUACCAAUUAAUACCUCGGAGGUUAACGAGUUGGCGACGGUUUCUUGUCCUUCAUCUAGUCCAGACUCUUUACUGAUCGAGGAUUCUUUGACGUCACUAAUAAACUCGGAGAGAGAGAAACAAUUAUUAAUCCUCGGGCAGUCGGAGGACCCAAAUGCAAACCCAGUUGAUGUCAUACCGUACAAUGGAGUGAUAAGAGCUGGAGGGGGAGCCCCUGUACUCUGCUACUCUAAUUACACUAUCCAGGAGUUGGUCAACUUUAAAUCCGAUGGGGUUUUUAGCGUAGAUUAUUGUAGUUUGGGUUUUUGUAGAGGGAACUCAGAGUCGGACUGGUAUUUGUCCGAUGUUGAUUAUCCUUGUGUUGAGACGAGAGAAGGUGUCCUAUGCGGUCAUUGUAAAUCAGGUUUAUCUCAAACUGUUACUACUACGGUGUGUAGGGAUUGUUCCAGUCCCAGGUGGUAUAUACCGUUAUUAACAACACUCAUUGGUGGGUUCCUACUGGUGGCUCUAGUGACUGCUUUUAAUAUUGGGGUCUCACCUAUUUUUGAUGUCCUAUUGUUCUUUGUACAGAGUGUUUAUGUUGCUGUCAGUAAUCAAACUGGCUAUGAGAGCUUCCUCACUAUUUCAGUCUUCAAUCUUGACUUUACACUUGACCAAUGCAUCACUUCUAAUCUAGGAGCUCUGACCAGACUCCUCUUACAAUAUGCAACACCGAUCUACAUCCUCCUUCUCCUACUGACCAUAAUCUCACUGACAAAGAUCAAGAGAGUUGCUAAAUAUCUUGGUCAGCACUCCAUCCUCCAUGCACUCUGGCUCCUGAUACUAAUAUCAUACUUGAACAUAGCUAAGACUACUUUUGAGAUAGUCCAUUGUCAGAAUAUUGGUCCUCUGGAUGACAGGAGAUAUGUAUUAGUAUAUGAUGCUUCAAUACAGUGCUGGUCUGGCGGUCAUCUUGCUUGGGCUCUGAUAGCUGUUCUCCUAGCUGCUUUCUUUAUACUGCCAUUUCCAUUUUAUGUGUGGCUGGCCACUCAAUCUCAUAAAUUGAAGCCAGUCUCUGAUGUAUAUACAAGCAUAUAUAAAGAUACUCAUCGUAACUGGGUGGUCUGGAAUCUCCUUUAUAGGCUACUUAUUGUCCUAGUUGGAGUUUUUGUUGUCAAUUUCUUCUACAGACAUUUCUCUCUGCUGUUGUCAUUCGUCAUAGUCCUUGGCAUAUUUGCAUUAUUCAGACCCUAUCAUUCUCCUAUUGAUAACCUUUAUGGAGGCUUUGUUGCUAUCUGUCUAGUUAUAUUUUCUAUUGUCACUGACCCAUUUUCAUCUGAGUAUCUCGAUCCACACAGAAUAGUCAGUUGGUUGAUAAUGUCAGUAGUAUUGAUCAGUGGUGUUUGUCUACUGAUACUAGAAGGAGUUUUAAAAUAUUUGCGAUACAAAGGAAAGUCGUAUACUAAAGAUGACGUGUUGAAGUCUUGCAAAGAUCGUUUGCUGCUUGUAAAAGAGAAAUUAAAGAAAAGAAGAAGUAGUUUAUUGAUAAAUGCUUCAGUCAGUCCACCUGGUAUAAGUUCAAAAGGUUACAUGCCGUUUCGUGAGCCACUGAUUGACAGUGAGCAGUAUAUACCAUCAGAAAGUCAGAGGAAUAUUGAAAACUCGAGGAGCAUUGAAUUUGUUGAAAAUGUUAAAGAGAAACAUGUCAUCACAUCAAGUAUAGUCUCCCUGACUAACUCACUAGUGUGACAAAUAAUAGUUUAGGUAACAAUUUAUAAUAAUUUUUUGUGAAUUUGGUGUGUUUAUUUCUUUUAAUUUGCAAUAAUUAUACAUAAUUUAUUUGUCAGCAUAAGCUGUGAACAUUUCAAAUUUCAGCCUGUCACAUGCAGCAUUUGUAAUAAUGUUUAGUGUUUAAUGUUAUUCAUUGGUUGUUGUGAUAAGUUUGUGUCACGUGAUG